AUGUCGAAUCUAAAUACCUUGAAUCUCCAAAACAAUCUGUUGUCUGCGAUUCCAAUAUCGCUAGGAAACCUCUCACGACUCCAGUCCCUUGAUUUAUCUUCAAACAUCUUGAAAGGCCCACUUCCACAUACCAUUGGACAACUUUCUCAACUUGAGGCUCUCAAUGUGUCCCACAACAAUUUGUCUGGUGUAGUCACUGAAGCACAUUUCACAAACACAUCAUUGUUAAAACAAUUGGAUGCAACCUCAAACCACAGGUUGAGCUUCAAGUUUUCUCCCGAUUGGAAACCUCAUUUCCAGUUAGCAGCCAUUCUACUUGGAUCUUGCACAAUCCAAUCAGAAUUUCCGCAAUGGAUUCGAACACAAAGGAGUCUUUAUACACUGGAUCUAUCAAAUGCUAGCAUCUUCGGACCUCUUCCAGGUUGGCUUCGCGAGCUCCCUAUCAACAAUUCAAUUGAUCUCUCCCACAACUAUCUCGAGGGUCCAUUGACAAAUCUUCCACUUUCAAGGAUUUCAGAUUUCCCUAGAGUGCUUCUAAUGAACAACCUCUUCAACGGGUCAAUUCCAGAUUCAUUGUGUAGCAUUACAGAUUUGGUUAUUCUCAAUCUUUCUAAAAAUAAGCUAUCCGGGAGCAUUCCAGAGUGCAUCGGUAAUCUCAGGGAACUGGUUGUUAUGAUAUUAAGUUCCAACAGGCUAUCUGGUGUCAUUCCAAGCUCUCUAGGCAAUCUUUGUUCAUCCCUAAUCUGGUUACAACUAAACAACAAUAGUUUCUACGGCCAACUUCCCAACACUCUAGCAAACUGCACAUUGUUACAUGUGCUGGAUUUGGGCGAAAACCAAUUCUCUGGAAAAAUACCAAAAUGGAUCGAUGAAAAGUUCAAGAUGCUAAGAGUUCUCAGGCUACAUAAAAACAGCUUCACGGGUCAAAUUCCUGUAGAGUUGUGUGAAAGCUCCAACCUCCAAAUCAUGGAUGUAGGAGAUAACAACUUAACAGGAACCAUCCCUCCCUGCUUUAUGAAGUUUAGUCAAAUGAGAGGAGGCGAUCCCAAUUUUGAUUCUUUGGCCGGUUUCGAGCAUAGUUUGAACCAGGUCAUCAAAGGAGUCACACUCUGA